AUGUCAUCUUGUAUUCCUAAUUCUACAAGCUACCAUUGUACCAAGCCCUUUGAGGGAACAACAAAGGUUAAAGGGCUCAUUCUAGAUGACACACAUAGGCCAACAGAUGCAGAUAUUGAUACCAAGGCAUUCAGAAAGUUGCGCAAGCUACAACUUCUACAGCUUAAUUAUGUAGACCUCAGAAGGGGCUAUGAAUAUCUUCCUAGAGAACUAAUAUGGCUUUGUUGGCAUGGCUUCCCCUUGGAAUUUAUACCAACCAAUUUUCAUCCAAAAGACCUUGUUGUUCUUGAAAUGCAAUAUAGCAAAAUUAAACAUGUCUGGAAGAGAAUCAAGGUUCUCAAAAAUUUGAAGGUUCUUAACCAUAGUCAUUCCCACAACCUAACCAAUACACCUGAUAUCUCAGGAUUUCCCAAUCUUGAGAGGCUAAUCCUUAAAGGUUGCAUAGGUCUGGUUGAGGUUCACCAUUCCAUUGGACUUCUUGACAAGCUUGUUCUUUUGAAUUUGGAAGACUGCAGAAACCUCAGGAAUCUUCCGAUCAGCAUUUGUAAGUUAAAAUCUCUUAAAGAUCUCAAUCUCUCCGGUUGUCCAAAUAUUGGAAAAUUUCCAUUUCAAUCACCAUUUUCAUCAUUAUGGCAUUGGGUAUCACGAAGAGAAAGUCCUGCUUCCAUUAGUCAGUUACUAACGUCCUCAUACAUGUGCUCCUUAACAAGGUUAGAUCUCAGUCACUUAAAUAUGUCAGAAGGUGCAAUUCUCAAUGACCUUAGGAGCUUAUCCUCACUGAAAAGAUUGUAUCUGAGCUACAACAAUUUCAAUAACCUACCAGCCAGCAUUAGUCACCUUUGUCAACUUAAUGAGAUCCAGCUGGUAAAUUGCAUGAGCCUUCAAUCAAUCCAAGAGCUUCCAUCAAGUUUAGGGUCAUUAAAGGCAGAUGGUUGCACAUUGUUGGAAAGGAUAUCAAACAUUGGAAAUUUAACCUCUUUGGAAUAUUUAAGUUUAUGCAGAACCAAUAUUUGCAGUUUACCUGACAAUAUCAGUCAACUUUCUUGCCUCAAGUGGCUUCAGUUAGAUGGAUGCUCCAGGCUUCAAAAACUACCAAGGCUUCCACCAUUUUUAAUGGGAUUAUACCUACAGGACUGCACAUCCAUGGAAAGAUUAAAUUUGUCAAACUUGUGGCACAUUUGGGCAUUGUACCUUAAUAAUUGUAAGAAGCUGGUUGAGACUCAACUUCCAGAGAAGUUUGGUGGCUUUCAAAUUGGUGGUUGCACCAAUAUGACAUACACCUUUAUAAAGAGUAAUUUCCUGAAUAAGCUCUUCCAGGGACAUUUAAAUGAAUUUGACAUUUCCGUUCCUGGAAGUGAGAUUCCUACUUGGUUUAGAUAUAAAAUUAUGGGAUCUGUAAUAUCUUUCAAGGUACCUGCAGUUGCAGGUCGUAAGCUUACAGGGUUCUUUGUAUGUGCUGUUUACAACGCCCAGGCAGGCUGCAGUGCUUUUUAUGAUGAUGCUUUCACUAUUGUUAAUAAAACAAAAGGUCUUAAGUGUAAUGAAGGGAGGUUCUUCAAUUCACGGCCCCGAAUAGCAUGUGGAGAUCAUAUUUUGGUUUGCUAUAGGAAAGAUGUGCUUAUUCAUCCUCCUCUUGUAACAAUCCAUAUAGGGGAUUGGUUGGAAAGUGGAGACCAAGUGGAGCUUUCAGUAGCAUGUGGCGGAAAUGGAAGAGGAAUCAAGGUGAAGAAGUGUGGAUUCCACCUGGAAUAUGCGCCAAAUGACAGAGGUUUUAGACUUCCACUCAGGAACUGUUGA